GUCGCAUCUGAGAUCGCUGGGCCCAGAAGUGCUGGAUCAUGUCGCUGGACGAAGAAAUCCUCGAGGUGGUCGCCAAUGGCGGCUCGAUGGACUAUGAGAAAUGGCCCAGCAUGGUCGAACCCCUGCUUGAACGGCUAGACCAUAUCAUAUACAACGUCUUCCCCAUGCCCCGGGUUCCUCCUGAGCUUCAACAACAGUCCUCCAACAUCACCGUCCCCUACACGCAGGACUUGAACACCGCUGCAUCAUCCACAACCCUCCAGACCCCCCCCAGACCAACCGCAACCUCACCGCAUCAAACCCCCGCAAGCGAGCGCAUUCCAGACUCCCAACCCCAGUCCUCACAAGGCCCUUCUCUUCCCGAACCACUCGAACUCCACCUAGCCUCCAUUAAAUCCACCCUGCGAUCCCUCUUCGCCACAAAACCACCACACACUAUCCAACGCCUCGCAGAGCUGAUCAUUCGCCCAACCGCACUCUAUCGCACUCUUCCCGCGUAUAUUCGCGCUGUCGAUCGCGUCGUCUGCGUCACCAGCGGCGCGGAUAUCUUCCCACUUCAGACCCAGACGAGCGCCGCUUCCCAGCCAAACGGCGCAGUCCUCAACGGCACAGAAUCCGGGUUCAUGUUCUCGACAGACAAUGCGCUUGGCAACGAUGAGUCCCUAGGCGGAGCACGCCUGACUCUGAUUCCAUGGCUGAGUAACGCUGCCGCGUCGCCGGAGCGCGAGGAUGAAAGCGGUGCAGUCAUGACGGAUACUCCCUUCCCUGCGCAGACCGUAGAGGGCAUUAGCCAGGAUCAAACCGAGACAGGACUGGAUCUCCCGACUGCAGAGAUGACGGAAACGAAUGGGAACGAAGGCGCGGGCGGGUCUCCGCCGCCUGAUACCUUGGAGGAUAUUCCCCAUGCGCGAGGCCCAUCUGUAAUCGGAGUGGAGGACCUAGGCCUGCAGGAUGGCAAGGGAGUUGAAAUGGAUCUUACAAGCGCAGAAGGUAGCGCAUCUGAGCUACAGACUCCUAGCCAAGAAGGUCAGCUGCAGCAGCAACAGCAGCAAACUGGCCCGACUCAGGGCGACGGUCAACCGUCCGAAGAAGCGGCCAAACCGUCGGCCGACGGCGAUGGAGACAUUGCUUUAGAAGAUGCUAAAGCCCCGGAGGAGGGACCUUCCGGUUCGGAGACGGCGAAUCAAGAUCAGCAGCAGGCGUAGUUCUCGGGAGUACAGAGUAGUAUGAUAGCCUAUUAGCGUGCUUUGUCAAUAGUGCGUAUUCUUG